AUGAUGUUGCUGCUUACGGCGCUGGGCAUUGUCUGCUUACCUUUUGUCAGCACCAAAGUCACUGACCAAAGCCUUCAAAUAUGUCCAAUACAGGCGCACCAGUGUCCGGCACCGACUGCGCUGGCGAGCGAGAAUGUAUUUCUGGACGCCAUCAAACAACUUGAAGACGCCAUCAGGGCCAAUUUAACAGAAAGUCCAUACAAUGGCACGACGUUCUCGCUGGGCAUGUUCAGCACGAGCGAUGAUGGUCUCGUCUAUGAGUUCCAUCACACUGAUCCCGGCGUCGCGAACAGCCACAAAGGCACGACCAAGGCCGAUGCGGACUCUAUCUACAGGCUCGCAAGCAUAACGAAAAUCUUGACGCUUUAUCUCUGGCUCAUCAAGGAUGGCGACAGACGCUGGAACGACCCCAUCACAGACUUCAUACCCCAGCUGGCGGCUUCCGAUGACACAGAGCAAGACUAUAUCACCCCAGACUGGAGCGAGAUAACGAUCAACGACAUGGCUAUGUACCUUGCUGGCAUUUCGCGUGACUACGGGUUGAACGACGUUGCUUUGACUGACUACGUCACCUCUCUCAUGCCGAAGCUCACCUCGAAAACGUCUGUGAACAACCCUGCAAACGGCAUCAAUAUUUCGGCAAGCGAUGAUCCAAAGUGCGGCUACCUCACGGCCAAAGAAGUAUACCAGAAAUGCGACCCGAAGCAGUACCUUCAGGGAGUCAAGACUCUUGCGGCGAGUUUCCCCUCCGGGUAUACGCCUUUGUACAGCAAUCAGGACUAUGCACUUAUAGGGCUUGCGCUGGAGAAUCUGACUGGUGCUACACUGGAUGACCUCUUUAAUUCGAGCUUGGUGCAGCCUCUUGGCUUGAGAGAAACGACAUUCAAGCAGCCCAGUAAAAUCACGAAGAACUCGGUCAUUCCAAAUGGCGACGAGCAAGUAUCUCAGUGGAAUAAUGACUUCGGGCCUAUCAAUGCAGCAGCUGGCGCCUUCUCGACCACGAACGACCUUGCGGCCAUCGGCAAAUCUAUCUUGAACAGUACCUUGGUGCCCAAGGCCACGACACGACGCUGGUUCUCCGUGACCUCGCAUCUCGAAAGCCUGGACCAAAGCGUAGGCCGUGGCUGGGAGAUCUAUCGACAGAAAGUCGGUGGUCAUACAGUUGAUCUCUUCACGAAAGCGGGUUACUGGGGUGAUUACACUUCAGUCUUGUUCCUUAUUCCUAGCUACAACUUUGGUUUCAGUCUGCUUACCGCAUCAGUCAAUGAGACGGGCAAGGUCAAGGACAAGUUGUCAAACGUACUCACCAAUAUGUUCCUGCCGGUGCUGGAAGAGUGCGCCAAGAACCAGGCGAGGAGGAACUUCGCAGGCCAUUACACCUCAUCCACCUCCAACACAACCGUCAGGAUCGAAGUCGAUGAGUGGCCAGCGCUGAAGGUGACAGAGUAUAUCGUCAACGAUAUAGACUUCAUGGCCACUGUCUUUGGGCAGUUCGAUGCUAGCAACGGCGUGGAUAUGAGGCUGGUGCCGAACCAUCUUUACAAGGGGAAGAAUGUCGGGUUCACUGGAGUAUAUCAAGCACUGGCGCCUCCAACGCCUACCGCGCAGUUUUAUGGGAAGUGUCCGUCGUGGCUUGACGUUGAUGAUUUCACGUAUGCGAGCGUGCCGUUGGGUCACAUGGUGUUUGAGGUGGAUGAUGAUGGGAGGGCUGAGAGGUUGGAGUUGAAGGCUGUGCGGGAGAGACUGGACAGGACGCGAGAGAAUGCGAGUAAACUAUGUAUAUCGCAGAGAGUCUUUAUGGACCAAAUAGCUAUGUUCUGA